UCGGCUCCUUAAAUGGUCCAGACGGAGUGGGAGAAGGAGUGUUGGCUUGCACUACAGCCGCAGUACUUGUGCGGUGAGCAGCGUGUGAGGGGAGAGACAAGUGGCUGAGAAACAAGGGGGGAGCCAGCGUGCCACCGGACGCCCCCAUGGACAAGAAGGAUAUUUAACCAUCUGCCCUGGGAGCGCACAGACACCGCAGUCCAUGCCUGUGCCUUGCCGGGUCCUUGAUGGGAAACCAACUGGACCGGAUCACCCACCUCAACUACAGCGAGCUGCCCACGGGGGAUCCGUCCGGGCUGGAGAAGGACGAGCUUCGCGUCGGCGUCGCCUACUUCUUCUCCGACGAGGAGGAGGAGGUGGUGGACGACCGUACGCCGUCCGACUGCGGCUUCAGCAAGGACCACAGCCCGGCGGACGAGGAGGAGGUGGAGGCGGAAGGCGGGGGACCGUUCACGGUGAGCGAGGUGGAGUACUCGGCGUUCUGCGCGCAGGAAUGCAUCUUCUCCAAACUCCGGGAGAACGAGGACCUGGACGUGUACGCGGCGCCAACUCUGCUGGCCAUGUGCAAGCCGGGCGACGUGCUGGAGCUGGUGGCCGCCGCGCAACCCCCGCAUUGGGCCGUCUGCGAGCACGACGGCCGGGUCAUCCACCUGCACAAGGGCGAGAUCCGCAGGGACGACCUGCUUGACGUGUGCAGCGGCCGCCACGGCAGGAUAGCCAACAGCCGCUACCGGUACCGGCCGCUCCCCGCCGACCUGGUGGUGCAGAACGCGGCGGGCCACGUCGGCCUGCGCAGCGAGGAGAUAUGCUGGACCAACUCGGAAAGUUUCGCCGCCUGGUGCCGCUUCGGCAAGAGGGAGUUCAAGGCCGGGGGGGAGGCGCACUCUGCCGAGCAGCAGUACUUCCUCAAGGUGCACCUGUCCGGCAGCGGGGUGCACACGCUGGUCUUUCGCAGCCUGGAGGACAUGAUCCGGGAGAGGCGACGAGUGGACGCCAGUGGAAUCCUCAAAGAGCUCUCCCUGGUUAACGGGGGCAAGGAGUGAUCAGGGAUUCCGUUUGAUAUCACCCCCUCUUCCUCCUGCAACACCACCGCCCACCAUCUCUUCUCUCAAGCACAAGGACCUGUUGGUUCCGGACUGUUUGGACCCUGUGAUGCGUUCAAAGACCGCUGACGCUGUGCUGUUGUGGAAUCUCCUACAAGCAGAUAAGGUGGAUUCAUGUAAACAAGACAACGCCCCUUUUCAACACCCCCCUCACUUCCUCUCUCUCAUGGCUUCAUUUCUGCUUGCUGGAAUUUGGGAGAUUCAAUGGAAGGUUCUAUUUUUUUACUGUUAGCUUUAAGAGUUCCCAUGCAUAGAGCUCUGACUGACUGAUGGUUCCAUCGCUGCCUAAAUAACAGAUCGAGAAGAAGAAAGGAUAAGCAUUUGGCUUGUUGAAAGCUAGCCGACUUUAAAACGCCAUAUAAAACGACAGUAUUGUCAUCUCACAGCCAUCCUGCUCCACAGCAGUGGAUGUGUUUAAAAAAAAAAUGUAUUCCGACAUCGAGUCCCUUUAUUUUUGUAUUUACGUUUGAGUGGUUAUUACCCUGAUCUCUUGUUUCCUUGAUUUGGUUCAAAUAAAUGGAGGUUGAAAUAUGAAAAGCAACGGCUUGGUUCAGCAGGUGUUCUUUGGCUGGUUAGGUUGUGCACGCACGUGACUCUGCCCCCCCCGCUUGUAUAGGUUCUUAGUGGCUACAUGAAUUAUUGAUGCUCUCCUGACCUGCCUGGGGCCCGGUAGGCUUCAUAUAUCUGCACGUAUUUGAAAGGCCAGGAAAUAGCCAUCUGCAUCAAAGCCACAGAGGCUUUAUGAAAAAUCCAUAUGGAAUUUAGCAGCCAUACAUGAAGACACGUGCUUGUUUGUUAUUCAGGGAGUGAUACAGUAUUUGUUCCCCCCAUGGUGCAACUUGCAUCCUCCGCUUUGAGACCAUAAUGUGAGGUUAUUCCAGUGUGCUUUGCACAAGGUAAUCAUGUCAGCUUAAUUGAGGAGGCCCUGGUCCUAAAUGUGCUACAGUCAGUCUUGUUUUUGAAAAUCUGAUUUAGCAGCAGAUAAAGCUCAAGGUAGCGGCGAUGGAAAGCCUCGUUUGUUCCGCUGUUUACAUACGCGGGCGGCUGGAGCCUCCGGUGGUUUGGCUGCAGCCAACUGGCAGACAAAGAGCUCUCAGUGUGGGAGAGCGUUUGGCUGCGUUGUUGCGUCUGCUGUUGUGGUGCACAGGAAUGUGUAGGUGAGUCAAUCACAAGGUCUCUCUGAUGAUCGCGCUCGUCUUUUGCUAUUUACAUGUCUACUUUUGAAUCUUGUACUGUAAGUCUUUUGCUGUCAAACUUGCACUGAAGACUCUUGCUUCCACGUGUGCUUUUUGGGCUCUGUUGUCUUCAUAGCGUCUGCAUGAAAACACAGUUGGACACUUGGUUACAUGAUUCCAGAGGCUGAAAAAGCAAGGGUGCAAAAACGGGUCUCAAAGUUGAAGCAUUGUUAAAAGGACAGUAUGAAGUGAUCGGUAAACAAUACGUCUCUUAUAAUGCUUCACUUGUAAAACAUACAUUUGGAAUACUUACAUGACAUACAGUCAAUGCUCCAAUUAAACCACAUAGCCUCGUAGAUGCUGAAUGCCGGGGGUCUCUAAUUAGUGUGGGGUCCAAAAACUUUACGCCAGGGGCGACCUAAAAAUACAAUUUAAUAAGGAACAAAAUCAACAGCAAAAAUAGAAAAAUCUGCAGUCAUUUUACAAGAGCAAAUUAUGACGAGAAAAAUGUUGUAAUUUAACAAGAAAAAGUUGUGAUUUUAAGGGAAUAAAGGAAUUAAAUUGAAGGGCAAACGCUGGCCUGAUCUUGAUUUUCAGUAGUAGCGAUUUUCCAAGUUAAGCUGUAGCGUUACUACAAUAAAGUACAAAUACUAAGGGAAUGAAGUUGGCAUAUUACAGGAAGAAAAUGUACAAGAAAACAGUUGAAAUACGUACAUAUAGGUCAACAUUCAUUCAUUUUCUACCGGUUUUUCCUCACGAGGGUGGCGGGGGGUGCUGGAGCCUAUCCCAGCUGUCUUUGGGCGAGAGGCGGGGUACACCCUGGACUGGUCGCCAGCCAAUCACAGGGCAGAUAUAGACAAACAACCAUUCAUACUCACAUUCAUACCUAUGGACAAUUUGGAGUCGCCAAUUAACCUAGCAUGUUUUUGGAAUGUGCCACACAGAGAUGGAUUUGAACCCUGGUCUCCUAGCUGUGAGGUCUGCGCGCUAACCACUCCACCGCCGUGCUGCCCAUAGGUGAACAUAUUAAGAGAAAAAGAGUUGUAUUAAUAAGUGUAUAGAGUGGUAAUAUUAUGGAAGAACAAAGACCAAAGUUAUGAUUCACAACAUUCCCAGUAGGGUAUGUGCCAUUGCCAACUACUGGUCUGGAGUGCAUAUUGCGGUGCCCGUCUCCUCUUAAAUGUGCUGCUAUUUUGAAGUGUUUCGUAUUGUGAUGGAAUCCUGUUUUGUCUAUCUUGUGGUCGCCUCGGCUAUUUAUGUAUUUCAUCUCUUAAAUCAGGCUUUGUGUUGAAAUCCUGGCUGCCUCAGGUGGGUGUGCACGGCGGCCUCUGGAGAGUUAGCGAAAGGAGGCUAGUGGGGCAGUCAGAGCUGGAGUUUGUGGUUUGAUUUACUAGUGUGUUUGUGUUUGUGCGAGUGACCAUAUGUGCGAGUGGGCUCCCGGAGAAGACAACAAAACAACAAGCUUGAAGAUUGAGUGUGUCGCUGCGCCUCGGCCAUAUGUCGCCCCGCAUCUUUAUUCAUGAGUUUCAUCAUUUAAAAAAAAUAAAUAAAUAAAAUACCGGCAGAAGUGUGCGGGUAAACACCGUUACUAUGGAAACGGCAGCCGCUGUCGUUAGGCCGUGCAUCCACCGAGGGCGUUUUUUGUGCAAAGCCUCCACAGUUGUUAUGCUUAACGGCUACUCAUGUAAGACAAACAUGACAACCCAACCCAAUGCUAUCAUCCUCCCCCCUCAACAAGCUCACGAGGGACGAGGCGCUGGUGUUUGUGUGUCCCUGCUGCACUGGUGCGCAUCUGGACAAAGCGGAUGCCCGUUAGCUCGCUGGCAAGACGGCUCAAUCGGCGGUCUCGGAGGGGAUGUUCUCAGGAGGAGAGAACAAGACAGAGUAUCCUGUCUGCACCAUGCCUUUAAGAGGAUCUGCCUCUAAUCUCGACACCGUGCUGGCCUCCCAGUAGACUCUCCUUUCCUCUCUCUCUCGUCUUCUAUUCUCCCGCAACCACAAUGGCGACAAAAAGCGUCUGGUGUAAAUGAGGCGGUGAUAACCGGGUUAUAGAUGCCGUUUAAAAGCAGGUUUUUCAUGUGAGCAUCUGCGCGUGAGACAGGCCUCAGAGCGGCGUUUAAAGCAGUGACAGACUGCUGUCAGUGAGUGGACAGUGAUUCCUUUCAGCCAUAAAGGAUGAGCCUGGUGGUCUGCAGAGAGUACUCCACUGACAACAACCUUACACCAACAAGUAUGGCCGUGGCCGGGGCUGUCCAUGAGGCAUUCGGGUCAAAACAGCAAAGUAUUUUACCCUUUCAGCCUGAUUUUACUGUUUCAGUUAUACACAUGAAAACCACAUUCUGGCUGCCAUUAAAGUGUUUUUUUUUUCAAACGGCUUCCAGAGUGUUCUCAUCUGAAGAUGCUGGCAUGUCAUUUAACAAGCAUAAGCUGCACCUUAUGAAAAUGAUGACAUCAUGUGUGCUUUGAUGACGAGCCAACAUGAUAUUUGAAUAUUUCGUCAACAUUUUCCUAAUAUUUCCUUGUCUUAUACUCCAACAUGACUGGCAUCAUUUGGUGUGUGGCGUGGUUGCGUAUGUGUGUCUUUUUUGCUGCACUUGUUUUGGCUCUCUUCUUCAUGGCGUCUGCACAAAAAACACCAAAUGCAAACUACACUUCAGCUUGUUGUGUUCUGUUGCUGUAAAAUGACUAAAACUCCUCUAGCGCUUGUGGCUCCAAACUAUUUUUCUUUAGUGUAAGAAGGGGCUUUUGAGGAAAUGUUGCCGACCCCUGCAUUAGUUGGACUGAGACCGGUCUACGCCGUUUUGAUUAGCUGCGGGUGUUUGUUGUUGUUUUUUACACUUGGAUAUGUUGUUUGGAAACGCAUUGUCAUCUUCUCCCUACAUUUCUAAAGAAGUCAAGCCAAUGAAUGUACAUUACGUUUAUUACUCUGCCUUUUGUGCCCAUUUGUUUGCGUACACUUCAAAAUCCCAGCAGUGGAGAAACAGACUUGUGUUUUGCUCCAGUCCAAUGUCGUUUCACUGUGAGCGGUACAUCGUCAACAAACACUCACAAGGCUGAGGAGAACUUGGCAAUCAGGCAUUCGCUAAUCUUUUGAACCAAUCUGGCACUCCCGGAGCACACCCCGGACGUUUCUCCCGGAUGAUGAAGGUGCUUCUCACCUUAUCCAUAAGGGAGAGCCAAGUCACCCUAUGGAGAAAACUAAUUUCAGCCGUGUGUACCUGCGAUCGUGUCCUUUCAGUCACUACCCAAAGCUCGUGGGGGAUCCACCGUAGAUCCAUCGGUAGAUUAAGAGGUUUGUCUUCGGUCCGCACCACUGCAGACGCCCCACCAAUUGGCCUGUCAAUCUCGUGUGGGUCUGGAACCAAUUACCUGUGAUUAAUGACGGAUUACUGUAUUACUAUUUGCAUCGACACUGAUAGAGUUCCAUCAGCACAGAGUGAGGCUUAAUUGGCACAAUAAAGGCAGAUAGAUAGAUAGAUAGAUUAUUCAUCUCCAAGAGAAAUUCACAGAUCCAGCAGCUUACAGAUUUGGAAAACACGGGGGCAUGCAGGGUUCAAGAAAAUAAGGGCAUGGAACGUAGUAUAGUAGUAGUAGUAGUAUAGUAAAAUAAAAUUAAAUUAGGUAAAAUAGCAAGUACAUUCAUUCAUUCAUUUUCUAUCGCUUUUUCCUCACGAGGGUCGCGGGGGGUGCUGGAGCCUAUCCCAGCUGUCUUCGGGCGUAAGGCGGGGUACACCCUGGACUGGUCGCCAGCCAAUCACAGGGCACAUAUAGACAAACAACCAUUCACACUCACAUUCACCCCUAUGGACAAUUUGGAGUGGCCAAUUAACCUAGCAUGUUUUUGGAAUGUGGGAGGAAACCGGAGUACCCGGAGAAAACCCACGCAUGCACGGGGAGAACAUGCAAACUCCACACAGAGAUACCCGAGGGUGGGAUUGAACCCUGGUCUCCUAGCUGUGAGGUCUGCGCGCUAACUCCUAGACCACCGUGCCGCUAUAGCAAGUACAGUAGAGCAAAAAUAUCAAAAAUAUAACAGCAAAGCAAGUAAAAUACAAUGCAAAAAUAUUGAUUUAGUGGAGUGGCAGUUAGAAGUACACAAGUGAAGUGCACGCUUAAGAGUCCAUCAUGUAGAUGUGUGUGUGUGUGUGUGUGUGUGUGUGUGUGUAUGAUGAUAAAGUGCAUGUGUGUGUGUGUUCUAAGGUGAAAUAGCCCAAGAGGAUGUCGUUUUGCUGUUUUGACAUUCCUGUAGGAGUAUGUCAGCUGCGACAAAAAGUCAAAGCUACCACUAGAAGUGCUUCCACUGUGUAUGCAUUUACGUACUGUAGUUGCCGAGGGGGGGCAACAACAUGCUAUCACACACUUUGCGUUUAAAAGUCAACUAAAACUUAUUUGGCAUGGAAUUAGGCCUAGAAGGCCUUUGUUGAUGGUAACCAGGUGGUGCAUCUUAUACCUGGUCCCCAUCCACUGGCCCGACAGUUUAAGGUAUGUGGCCAGAACCUCACCCCCUCCCUCUAAAUCGUCAGCCACACUUCUUAACGAGUAAAAAGAGAAAGUGCCCUCAGGCGGCCGGGUGCAAUCACAGUUUGAUUAAUAGGACGGAUCCAGCAUGGCCGCGUCGUUCCCCCUCUGUGGCUUUAACCCUUCUUUAAAAAGUCACCAGAAAAGGUUACGGCAAAUGUCGUUGUGAGCAUUUCAUCAGCUCCCAGCUGCCCCUUCCCGACUAACCCCCCUGCAAAAUGUCACGGCGGGCCCCCUGCGUAGCCGUCCAUAAAAAAGGUUUUUUUACAUUUGCUAACGCUACUCAUUACACUUGAAAUUGCCUUUUAGGUCUUUUUAAAAGUUGCACAGUGCCCCCUCCGUGAAUACACUUCCAGGUAGAGAAGAGUGAUGCUUCAUGCUUGCCUCUCACUGCAGAAGUUCUCUUAAGGACGCCACACACUCUGAAUAAAAACCCAGCGUAUAAGUGGAGUAAAAAAAAAAAAAAAAAAAAUAGUGUUUGACAGGCAGAGCUAGCUGAGAGUAUAAGCAUGCAGCUCAUCCCUGCAGCGUGCGCUUGCAUAUUUACAAGCGCUGCCAUGCAGCUCAACACUGAACAUAGCAUGCAUGAGGAAGGGCCGAUAAAACAUGUUUGCGUCUUACCACUCCUGCAGGGUGAAUUGAUGUGCUUGAGGGCUACAACACCACGGAGAAUAAUUUGCCGCAAAAGGUGCAAAGCAAUUUACACACAACCUGUUCAUGACAAAAAUGCAAUAAGGAACAUGAAUGAUAAUUACAAAAAAAAUAACCCUAGACAUUAAACCCUUCAGUCAUGGGCUAUUUUUGCUUGUUGUUUUUUAUAUUUCGACCCUCGGGGAGCAGGAAAAAAAAAACAUAGUAAGAGGCUGUAGCAAGCAGGUGGAAAAUGAACCGGAGCAUUGCUUGUCAAUUAGUGUUAACAGCUGUCUUUUCAUGUCGUUAUGGAUUUUAAAAGGCACACAUCCCGCAGAGUUAAUGAGUGAGCAGAAGAUCAAUGAUGGUUGGGGGGGUGGGGCUGGCCGGUGGCUCACGGGCGGCCCCUGCUAUUUGCCGGUGUCUGGUUGGCCCCUUCUGUCUCCGGUCUGGUGGCGGUCUUCCCGCCUCCGGGGUGUCCUACUUGGCGGGUCCGUGGGUGGAUGGGAGAUAUGGUGGGGACGGGUCGGCGCUGUGGUGGAGGAUGGGACUGGGGGGGGCAUUCACUUUUUGCGGCUGUUGGGGUAUCGUCUGCCUGGUGGGCUCUGCUGCCUGGUGUGUGUGUCUCUGUCCCGCCCUGGCACUCUUGGCUCACAAGCCCGGGGGGUGGGGUUGGGCUCUUCCCCAUGCGGGUCCCGGUUCUCCUGCGGUCUCUGUGGUGUCACUCCCUGGGCUGCCAUGGUGACGGAUGUGUUGCCGGGGCGCGGUUCCUGCUGUUCUGGUGGUUGUAGGAGCAGCCUCGGGGCGUGUGGUUUGUCCGCGGCUCCUGGUGGUCCGGGGGUGGCAUAGCUGGCUCAAUCUCUGGUGGGGCCCUCCGGGGGGGAGCUGGCAGGCCGGACUGGCCGCCACGCUGGGCUGGGUGGGGCCCGUGGUUGGUCCUGUGGCCCAGGGCUUGCUCCGGGUGGCUGGCUUGCCCGGCUCGGUUGGCCGGUAGUGCGGGGUGGGCGUGUGUGGGGCCCCGAUCCUCCCUGCUGCACUGCACCACCUCACAUACAUGUAGGACUUUGGGGGGUGGCCUGCAACUGGUUUUGCCGGGGGCGAAGGGUUUCCUUGCGGAUGCCCUUUUGUCCUCGGCAUUCCUCUGGCUGGUCACCCUUCAAUUUUAACCGCACCUUAGACACUCAGUUCUGGGGGGGGUCUGGGCAGGCAGGGGACCCACCAUUGCUCAGCUUCCUUCCACACACACACACUCACACACAUACACAUACACCACACACAUAGGUCAGCCCUAUGGGACAGGCCUAUUUUUAAUUGCACUAUCUACACAAUACCAUCUUCACACACACAGGUGUAGCGGGCUGGACCGGAGAGCCUACUGCCUACCCCCGCGAUUGGCCCGCUGGCUGCUGGGGCUUGGCGGCUCGCUCGGGGUGCCCUGGGCUGCAGGAUAUUUUGGUCUGGUCUGCCUGGCCUUCCUGGGGGUCCCGCUGGAACCAGCUGACGCCGGGGCUUGCCCUGGUGUCAUGGUUGGCGCUACCUCCCUGGAUCUGUCCUGGGUCGCGGGCGCCAACGUGCCCUUGGGGGGGCGUUCACCGGCCUCCAGGCAGUGGGGUCCGCGCUGCUGGUGGCCUGAAGUCUACGGUGGUGGCUUGGGGUUGUUGCGCUGUGGUGGCUGCUGCGGGGACCGGGCUGUGUGUUGGGAGGGGACCUGAUCCUGCUCGUGGGUACG